GCCGUCAAAAGCCGCUCCGUCUUAAAUAACGCAGACUGUAGUUACCAGGGUAACAGCAUUCCGCUGCAGCCUGCUGGAUGGCUGGCUGUUGUUGUUGUUGUUAGCUAACGGCGCUAGUUCUCUUACAUAAUAUUCAGCUCGUUUUAUCGACGGGACGCUGUUUGCGUGGCAGUAACGAGAGCAGUGCCGCUGUUGUGCUCGUGUUUCACGCAGAGACUCGCGCUCGGCCGUUUAGCUUAAGACAAUUUAGCAAUGACAGCCGUUAGCUCUUCAUUAUGCUAACAGGACAACAAAGCUUACGCAAAAAGAGGUCACCGCGUUGUUUAGAUGUUGCUCCGCAACAUUUCCACGAGCUGGCCGUGGCUGCUGAGCGCUCUGACCAGCUCCGAUCCUCUCCUGUGCAGCAGCUGCAGCCUGGGCUGACCUGUACGUCUGCUUUGAAGCACAACAUGGACCUCCACAAAAUCAUCCACAGUGCGCUGCACGAAUUCAUCCAGACUUACAUUCCUGAUGCAGAUCUCAGCGCACUGGACGAUGUUCUUCUGUCGUACAUCACGGGAGUUCUGGAGGAUCUGGGGUCUCAGCAGAGCGUUGAGGAGAAUUUUGAUGUGGAGAUCUUUGGAGAAAUGCUGGAAGCUUACAUACCAGGGUUUGCCGAAAUUGACAGUGUCAAAGUUUGUGAAAUGAUGUUCAGUCUGGCUUCAAAACUGGCCACUGCUCGGACGUCCGCUGAUAAAGAAAACAGUGUGCCUAAGACGGAGGCAGAAGAGGUUUCUUUGAAACUCACUGCCCUGACCAGUCAACCAGCGUCUGGACAAGAACCUCAGUGCCUUAAAACACAGACAGAGGGCGCCACAGCCAAGCUGUCUGUGUCUGAGUGGGAGUUCCAAGAGCAGCACCUGCUGGAGAUGUUUCCAAAGUGCAGUUUGUCGGAGGCGCGCAGUGCCCUUUCCAUCGCCAAAGGAGACAUGGAGGAAGCGGUGCGCCUCAUCAUCGAGGGCGACGUCCAGCUCAGCCCCACUCCUCUUAAUGUAAACCAAGGGAAAAGCAUUUCCUCGACUGCAGACCAGAAACUUAAAGAAAGUAUCCUUGAGAAGUACAUGCUGGUGGACAGCGAGGAAGAUAACAAAACACACCGGCCCGUCGCCCCCAAAGACGCUCCAAAAAAGCUUGUUCGCUACCAUGGUAACCAGGUGGUGACGACAAAAGGUGAGAGAUACCAGCUCGUGAAGAAGAACGAGACGGAUGACAUGAAGAAGACCUACGUCAACCUGAAGCCGGCCCGAAAGUACAGGUUCCAUUGAUGACGAGAGCAGCUGGUGACGGCUUUGUUUACACGACCUCUUCUUUAUCCGACUCAUUUAACCUGAACUCAAUGUGUCCCCGCCCCUUCUUCUUCUUCUCCUUUUAAUAGAAAGCAUUUCUCAGCGUGGCAGUGGCUUAUUUUAAAACAUUCUUAACCAUCAUGCCUCAGAUGAAACCAUUUUUUUUAUUUUUUUGCAUCGCUUUGUUAUUUUUGUCAAGCUGUUGUAACGUUGUGUAACAAGCAGCCUAUCAGAUUUGUUUCUGGCCACCUCAGCAGGUCUGAUGUCGCACUGACAGCUUUUUUUAUUUAUUUAUUCCUUUCCUUCUUUGGGGGGGACAAUGAGGGAUCCAUUGUCAUAACAUUAACAUGCGAACAUUUCUAUCACCAUGUUUGUAAAUAAGUGGUGCUGUUGAAAUUUGUCUUGGACAUUACGAGUUUCAAGGUGCGUUCACAUCGAGUGCGAACGUGUCCGGCCGAGCCACAGAUUUACGCGAUGUCGCUAAGCACAGGUGCCACGCGGGAGCGAUGAGACGCAAAGCGAGGCCACAAAGGCAAGGAUUUUGGUGACUAAAGUGAAGCCAGAGUGACGUGACACCUGCGAAGUGACAGUAGUUGGAUUUGAAAAAAUUUGAACUUUUGUGUCUUGUCGCUCUGAGACAACCAAUCAGGAACUGGAUGUGGCUGUGACGUGGCGUGGAGAAGUGCGGCGGAGACAAAGCAAUUUUCAUUCAACAUGGAGGACCAAUUUGAUAGUGGGGGGUCUGUGGUCGCCCUGAGUUGUAUGACUCAACCAAUUAUUAGUACCGACACAAGUCCAGACCGGACCGAGCCUGAAGAAGCGUGAGUGAGGAGGCUGGAGUGUCAGUUAAGCGAAAGCGUCACUAGCUAGCAUCGUUGUACUGCUGUGUUUCUGGCUUGUCGCCCCGCCAUGCGAACGGCCGGCGAUGACGUCACGCAAAAGUGGCGACUCUGUGGCGCCAAUGUGAAUGCACCUUUAGUGUCUUGUUUUCCUUUGUCUGUUUUUGUUGUAAAGUUUUCAUAUAGAUACAUUUUUAGAUCUCACGAGACCGAAGAGUCGGGAGAAUUUUGUUGAAACCGUUAAUUUUCAAAGCUGUGCUCCAAGACGCUAUUCCAUCAGACAAAUUCACACAGGUUAUUUAGUUGUUGCACUGUUCCAAUCUUUUGGACAAAUGUAGAAAAGAAAGCGUAUUAGUUACAUUUUGUCUUUGUUUACUGAUUUGGG